AUGGCCGGACCUAGCAACACCCGAAAUGGCUACUCACUUUCUCACCUGGAGCGAGCCAUCAGUCAGCAACACAGCAAUAUCAUUCCUGACACCAACAACGCCUCGUACUCUUCCGGAGUCAGUCACACACCAGAUGGUAUCAUUCCCAUACCCGCUGCGCAACCCAGAGCUCCUUACGAGCCGCCAGUAUUUCGUACCUUUUUGGAGAGGAAGAAGGAGAGAGAUAGAGCUCGUUUCAAUGGCGGCGGAGAGUCUGCGUUUGCAACCACAGGCCAGGACUCGGCAAGAGUGGUCGUACAGGAGACUACUCCAGCCCCGAUUGCGCCUUCACGGCCACUACCUUCUCCAGUUGUGAAACCAUCAGCCUUUCAGGCUUCUAAUGCUACGGAUGAAAGAAACUGGUCACCCUCAACGCCGGGCAUCAUCGCGACCGUGGAACGUUCCGAUACCAUCUCGUCAAUCAGAUCCUUGGACCGUAUGGGAUUCUCCUCGCCUACAAAACGCCCUCUUCCACAGCCGCCAGUCACAGUCAAUGGUUCGAGGAGCUUGGACCGGGGAAACCUCGGCGAAAAGGGUCAAACCUCUCGAUGGAGGAUGGACAGAAAGCAGCCUUCAAUCGUCGAGGAAGAGCGUGGAGAAUCGCCUGUGCCUGUAUCUCCUACUGCAAAUCCUAUUGCAUCCUCGCAAUCGCCCACCGUGCCGGCUAUAUCCAUCCAAAUACCAAUCAUCACUCUACCAGACGAUGAUCCGCCAUCACCUGGGCGGACUGGUGUGAUCCUCUCGGGCCUUCCAGUUAUAUCCGUUUCCACAGAGCACUCCGACGAAGAGAAAUCUCCGCUGUCUCAAAGCAUCGCUCUCGACAUGCCUACCAGAGUGCAUCCGACGCAGGCCAUACUCUGUGCGGGCUGUCGGCAGCCCAUCAUCGGCAGAAUCGUCAACGCGAUGAAACAAAGAUGGCAUCCUGGGUGCUUCAAGUGUGACGAGUGCGGCGGUCUGUUGGAGCACGUCAGUAGCUUCGAGUGGGAAGGCAAAGCAUAUUGCCACUUGGAUUACCAUGACGCAAGUCUGCAUAUAAGAGCAUUCGCCCAUCGAUGCUAUCAUUGCAAGACUCCGAUUGUGGACUCUCGAUUUGUGACAUUGAAUGAUCCUGGUCUGGGCGAGCGGUUCUAUCACGAGUUGCACUUCUUCUGCUCGGAGUGCGGUGAUCCCUUUUUGGAUCCUUCAAAGUCGUCUGCACCCGGGGCUACAGGCGCAGAGCAGGAAGAGGAAGGCGAAACCAAUCCCUUCGUCAUUCACAAGGGUCACCCAUACUGCGAAAAUUGUCACAUUCGACUUCACAAGCCAAAGUGCAAGGCAUGUCAGCAACCGAUACCGGAUGUCGCCGUCAGUGCCAUGGGUGCGAAAUGGCACAAGGAAUGCUUUGUAUGCUCCCAUUGCAGCUCAGCCUUUGCCAACAAUCUGUUCUUCCCAAAGGACGGCCAAGCUUUAUGUACCUCUUGUUACGAGGCACUGGUGAUUCAGCAAGUGCAGGAGUGA